UCGUAUUAUAUACACACUUAUUAACUUUGUGUUAGCAAAAGCGAUCAAAACGAGACAAAACGCGACAUUUCGAAAUUUAUUUCUGUCAAAGUUCGCGAAAGUUGACCCUUUGUUACUUCACGAAAACAAAAAAAACACAAAAAAACAAACAAGACUAUUCAUCCUCAUCAACAUAAACACACGCUCAAGUUCAUAAAAGCAUUCAACAUUUACCAUAGCAACCAACAAACGAACAUAGCCCUAGCAACAGUCAAGGUUAUGCGUGUUGAAAAAAGAAUGAUUCGGCAUAGCACCCUUACAAGGAAAGAAAAAAAAUGACGCAAAGCAUUCGUGAGGUGCAUCAUACAUUUUAAAUUAAAGAAAAAACGAAGAAAAAAACUCCAUUAAUUAGCUGUUGAGUGCAGGAAAAGGAAAGGGCAUUUCGUUUUGAUUACCGAUCUAACUUAUGUGUAGUGGCACUCAUUAGAAUAACGACUUCUAAUCAAGGAGCGAUUCAGUUAGUUUAAUAGCCAAUUGGGAAGUGAUUAAGGAAGCUGAUUCUAAUUUAAAAUGGCAACUAAAUUAUUUAACCAUAGCAAUAUAUCUGAAGAUUUAGUGAAGCGGUUCAGUAAGUUGAAGAGUUCACCGAAGCCGAUAGUAGCGAAAAAGAAAGCUUCGACGAAUCUAGCCACCAGUCCUACUGGAAAGAAGGCGGCGUUGGAACAGCUGCUUCUCAGUGUGCCACUGGAUGACGAUAUCGCUCACUUCAGUGAUAACAAACGAGUGGACCUCGGGCUACCAUUGUAUUCAGAUAACUACGAACCUUCUUUUUGUUUACCUUCAUCGGGCUAUCGAUCCGAUUCGGAAGGCUCAAAAUAUCGGAUUCGUACAAGUCAAUCAGCUAGUCACUCACCAGAAAGAUCACCCGAUCCAGUUCGAAAAGGAAAUGUUCGAAGAGUAAGAUCGUUGAACGCUUCUACUGUUACAGAUCGAAUUUGUGAGAUUCGAGAGAAAAUUGCUAAAGUUGCCAAGGAACGAAACGCUGAGAAAUCUUCAGACGACACUAACGCCUUCAAACGUACGGGUAGCUUACGAGCUAAACGAUUAAAUACAGUAGAAAAGGAUACGGGUGUGAAGAGGUCUCGAUCAUUCAAUAUCAACGACCGUAACAGGCCGGAGAAAAACACAUUAGGACACAGAACUAAACUAACGUCGAGCUCUGUCACCUCAAUUAAACAAAGCGAAAUCGAUAAACUUCGACAAUAUUUUAACAACUCGUCACGAAAGCAGCCGCCUCAACAAGCCACUGCUAACACUGAUAGUACUGCUAAACCAGUAAAUUCUUCAAACUCUCUUCGCUCAAGUUCUUUCAACACUUUGCAAGAAGCUUGGGAGCAUCGGAAACCAGCUAAACAAGAAGAAGAUAACUUAGACGCGCCGGUUAAACCAAAACGAACGUCAUUAUCAGACGCUGAAACCGACGUUGUUUAUCGUCGCAAGGAAAGACGUCGUCUAAAACGAGCCGGCAGUUCCUUAGGUGCAGCAGCUAGUGAUCGUUCGGACUCAGAGACAGAAACUGAAGAGAGUCUACUCACACACGCCGCUUUACAACGCUUUGAAAGACGCUCGAGAUUAGAAUUACGUCGAAAUAAUUCAUCGACUCGACGUCGUGUGAGAGCCGAUAGCGACAGUAACGACGAAAACAAUAACGAAACUUCGUCGGAGAAAACCUUAGACUCCGGUAUUUUUGAUAUAGCUUUAAGUCAUUUAUCAGAAGAUAUCAGUAAACUGACAAAAAAGUACGAUAGUGACGACUUUAUUCUUGACGAUUGCGUCAGCCCUAAGUCUGGGUAUAGUUCAGCCAGUGAAAGUUUAGCGAGUACGACAACUUUUUAUGACAGUGCAGAGGAAACACUCGAUAUGGAUUCUCGUAAAAAACGUCCGCUAAAACAAGACAAAACAAAUAUGAAAACUGCCGUUUUGAACGCAUCACGUUUAAACAAAAUGUCGGCUUUUACAAACGGCGACACAAAGAAAUUAGUCGAUAAAACGUCAUCAUUAAAUCCCAACCCACAUAAUCAUCAUGACCAUAUAAAGACAACCAAUUGCGUUCGUGAACCAACAGACAAAACAAAUAUUAAAAAAAAUCAACAAAACACAACGCAAAGAACAUCUAAGGCGUCAGAAAAGAACAGCGUUGUAACAGAUAAGACGAGUAAAGAAAAACAAACUGAAAUAACAGAGGAAUCACAAAAACUUCGAAGACAUUCAAAAUGUUGCUUACCAAGUAACCAUUCGUUGGUAGAACGUAAGGUUAGUAAUUCACCGAAUAAAGUCGAGAGGAAAACAAGUAAUUCACCGAACAAAAGCCAAUUAACUUCUACUCAGUCAAAAGAAUCGUUACCACAGAGAAAAGAAUCCGUUCAUCAUAAAGGGUGCAGUGGAGCGGAAAAUAUGAAUCAAUUAGAUUAUACGUCUCCUAAUAGCGCAAUUACCACAACAGCAACAACAACACGACGAAAAACAAGUAUCGUUGGCCCGGCUAAAAAAAAAGAGGGAAUCACACCGAAGCUCGCUCGUACUUGUAUCUCACCACCGUUACAUAAAACUCCCACAGAAGAUAGUAAGACUGUAAAGAAAAAAUUAAACCCUGAAUCACCGUUAAAAGGCGAUCAAGAAAAAAGUAUAUUGAAUAAAUCUCAAACUUUGACUGAGAAAAGUAUUAAUUAUCAAGAUGAUGAGAUCAACAAUAACAACGAGAAAUUCUCUACUCGCACUAGCACUUCAGUUGAAUCGACCAACAUGGAUAAGCACACACCUCUGUCUAAGUUUAUUGUAAACAAGGCGAGAUCAAGUGUCGACGAAACUAACAGUCCAAAUCGAAUUUUAACACGCGGAGACUCAAUAGAGGUUCAAAUAUCACUUACUGAAAACAAAACACCGACAAACACAACAACCGGAAAACUUGACACAAAACUGACGCGGAAAUUAUCUCUAAAACACUCGCCUCCAUCAGUCAAACCAGUACAAGAACUAAGUAUUCCAGAAGGUUUAGAUAAAGGAGUCCAGUGUUUAUUACUUACUGGUGAAACGACAUUAAGCGGGAAAGUUAUUAACGUGAGCGAUACAUCAAAACAAGUUACGAUUAACGAAAAAGUUAUUGAGGAACUUGGAAGCGAUAUUUUAAAAGACAUACAAUUUACCUAUCCUGAAUAUUUAAUCGAUCCAAACUCUGGUUCAGACGCUACUGAUUUUGUAUGCACGACUGAUAUUGAAGAUCCUGUAAAACUAAGAAUGGAAAAUGCUAGACUUCAGCAACUCUUGUUUGAAGUCGAACACGCUCGUGCGGGAACUGUAAAAGCCCUGCUUCACGUGAACACACUCCUAAAUAAAGUACAAGGUGAUAACACUAGACUGGAAGGAGAUAUAAAAGUUUGCAUGCUAGAGAAAGAAGUGCUAGCUGACACAUUAAAAGCAGUCCAGGCUAAAGAUGGUUCAACUGCGAUAGAAGGAUCAGACGUCGGACUACCAGGAGAUAAUGUUGUGCAAAAAGCUAGGAAAGAUACCGUGGAUAAAUCGCUGUCAAUUAUUGUUGAAUCGUGGAAGAAGGAAAAGAAGGAGCUAGUAGCGCAGCUUAAUAAAUCGAAAUCUAAAGAAGAAGAUGCAGAAAAAGCUGCGAGUAGGUUACGAGUACAGUACAAGAAAGUUAAAGAACAGCUAGAGCAUUCGAACACUGCUUUUACAAUGACAUUAAAAAAUAACCUGGACGCCACGAAACGAAUGGAGAACGAGUUGAGGAGCUCACUCGAAGAUAAACAGCAAUUACUUGUGAAAUGCAACGAAGGGAAUAAAUUCAAACGAGAUUUGGAAGCCUUACAACAAGAAAUGGAAGAACUUAAAGCGUCGUACGACGAGCUUGAAGAUGAAAAAGAGUUGCUCGAGAAAAAAUGUUCUCAUCUCGAAAAACAGAAGAAACAGUUGCAAUACGAAGAGGAAGAAUUACACGAGCAAGUGGCACACUCACAAGAAAUCAUCGAAAAACUUACCGAUGUCGAGGAAGAACUGAAAAAGAGGCUAGAAUUGGAGAUCAAAGACAAGGAAUACAUGCAGGAGUGUCUAGAAGAAACCGGUCAGAUUCUGUAUCAGCUUAAAAACAACGAAGCCAGUCUGAUUAAGGAUAAAGAUCUUUUACUCGAUGACUUAGAAGCUGAACUUGAGGAGAAAGAAACCUUGCAGACUACUUUAUCAGUAACUAUGGACGAACACAAAACCCUUGUUGAUAGGCUUCAAGACAUGACUAAUAUACACAUCACCGUGAAGGAGAGUCUACAGCAAGCAAAUAAAAAAGAAAAGAAUUACCAAGAACAGAUUGAGGUUCUUACAAAAACAAAUCAUAUACUUCACUACACGUUAGAGAAAGAGAAGGAAGAACGCAUGGACACCCAAGAAAUGUAUAGCGUUGAAGAAGCCGAACACAAAAAAUUUAAAAGCGAAACGUUACUUAAAGUUAGAGAUCUGGAAACGAAAGUGGAAGAGCUUCUAUACGAAAACCAUAAACUCAACGAGAUGAAAGAACAACUCGAUAAAAAAUGUCAAGAUCUACAGGUACAUCUCGAGCAAGAAGAAGAAGACAACUGUAGUCUGCGUAAACAAUUAUCUCGAGUAGAACAACUUAAAGAUACGAUCGAAAAAGAGCUUGAAAUUUUACGUGACAAUGGAGACGAAAUGGAGAAAAGUGUGAGUGGAUUGACGAAACAACGACAAGAAAUAGAAGUUGAUUUAAAAACAGAACAAGCUCGUGUCGAAAAACUGACGUGCACGGUCGAAGAAACGGAAGAAGUCCUCGAAAAAGUAACCAAAGAACUUAACGAAACGAAACGAAAAUUAGACGAAUAUAAGUGUGAUUACGAGGAUAUGCAAACGAAACUGAAAGAGCGACAAAAGCGAAUUCGAGAGCUGGACAGUUCAAGUCAAGAAGCGAUAGAAAUGAGAGAUAAAUACCAGAACCGUAUGAACUACUAUGAAAGCGAAACUAAAAAUUUACGAAAAAAGGUUAAUGAGCAAAUCGAAGAAAUCGGCACGUUACAAAUCGAAUCGCAACGAUUUUCGAGGGAACGAGACACUCAUAAACGUAACUGUGAGAUGUCUGUUAGAGACUUUGAAGCGCAUAAAAUAAAAUGUACCGAAACUUUGAAAAAAUUAAAGGAGGAGAUCAUCGAGCUGAGCAACAAGAUCGUUGAAAAAGACCGAAUGGCGAUGAAACAGAAGGAACAAUAUCAGGACCAGAUUGACAGCACUGCAUCUGAUCUGCAAUUUCUGCGCAAGAUGUUGGACACUGAUAUUAAAAAGAGCGUACAAAGAGUGAAAAGUGAUACUUCCGACGUUGCAAAUGACAGCGAUAAACUCAACGUAAACUUUCUUCGUAACACACAUGACAAAUUCAGAGAUGAAUUUCAAAGCCACGUGGAAAAACUCGAGGGGAUGUUAAAAGAAUCGAAAGAAAGCAGCGACUCCGUCACAGUGGUACAAAGUCCAAUGUCGAAGAUUAAAUUAGAAGAAUUGAAACAACUACGCAAUGAGGUAUUUGAGUUGCAUUCCGAUUUGGCGAGUGUAAAAAGCAAGUUUUCGAAUCUUCGAGUUGAACUAACCAACCUAAAACUAGGAAAACCAACAUUUAACGGAGUAAGUAAGUCUUCGGAGGAAGUGACAACUGAGGAACUCGAUAACGAGUUAUCCAAUUUAAACGAGUUAAUUACCAAACUCGAAUGCCGACACAGAGCAGUGAUGAGUCGAAACGCGAUUUUACUACAGCGUACACUUACAGAGAACGACAAGACCGCCAAAGACCUGGUAAAGAAGUUCCAGGUUAUCUCACUCGAAGGAGAAAACAAACAGCUAAAAACAUUGCUAGGUAUAUUAAAGAAAAAAUAUGAUUUCAACGAGACAGAGCUUGCUGCUGAAUUGCAAGAGAUAAACGAGACAAACGAAGAUGACUUAUCACCGAUGGUGAAUGGAAACUCGAACUACAUAUCUGACAGUUCAGAACCUGGGAAGCAUUUAACGUCAAGAAGCGAUAGCAACCUGCGUUUUUCUGGUUCCAACCGAUCUUCCCGACGCACGAAGAACUACAGCUUUUUCAAUGAGGUGAUGUCUGAAGAAGUCGCUCCCCCACGGAGGUUUAACAGAGAUAAUUUACGUAGUUCAGGUGUUUCUUCUUACAGCUCAGAAGAUGACGAUGAUUACUCUCCUCCACGCGGCUUACCAAGACGAUAUAACACACUGCCACAUAGAUCAAGAAGACCAAGGCAAUAAAAUAUUGCGCAUAGCAUCAAAGGUGGAGAGUAAAAGACAACAUGCGUAAAUAAAACCAGUUGACUUCGAAAUGUUAUACCAAAUAGCAACCGCGCAUAUAACGACACUGAAAAAUUACAAUAAAACUUUUCAUCCCUGCAUUUUAAAACACGGUGCUCCACUUGAAAAGGAGCAAUUGGAAUCAGAGCGCAGCCGUUUGCGUAGAAAUCCAAUAGAAAGGUUUUUAUAGGUAUUUUAUUGUAUUAAACAGAAUUUUAUAUUUUUUUAAAUCUAAAAAGUGUAUAAGAUAAUAUCUCGUCCUAUGUGACGAAAAAACUAAUUAAAAAAUUCG